AUGACCACCAAUCCUUCAGAAGAUUCCGACGAUAAAAAGUUUGUGGGUGCCGGUGAUGCACCUCCCUCGUACGACACGACACCUCUGUCUGAAUCAUCAUCGGCCACUCGCCAAUCAUUUAGCCUAUCAUCUUUCUUUUCCUUUUUAUUCGCCGCCAGGCAGAAACGCACCGCGGUUCUAUCGCGCAUCCGUGAUAUCGUUCUCACUCCAGAUUUCAACCAAUCUUCCGCCGCCUCAAUCAUCAACGCCUGUGCUGCUGAUCUUACAACUAAAGGGUUCUCCAAGCUUCUACAAAAGCCAAAUAUCGAGGAUCACACAGCGCUAUAUUGGGCAAUUGUGAACAACCAGCGAGAAGUUGUGGUUGCCCUCGCUGCAUUCAUCUCUGAAUGUUCGCCUGCAUGCUCUUCCGAAUUGCGUCUCGCAUGCAUGGCAACUAGCGACCACGCAUCGUUUAUGCAGCUCAAAUUGGCAAAUAUUGAUGCCAAGGGUGAGGUUUUGAGACGAUCUUUAGGUUGUCCACCGGAUGAGAUUGAAGUCGGGAUGGGUAACGACGAUCAGUUUGUCGUUUCUUUCCGCAUCAGGAAGUUCCAGAAACGCUUGCGCAUCACGCAAAAGUUGAAUUAUGAAUUUGUCGCAGAUGGACGUAUAUGGUUUCUCCGCUUUGAUAUGAGCACUGUUCAGUGGAAGUGGCACGUUCUGUAUGGCAUUUCUUCGCCUAGCCUUCCAGCUUGCCCGAAAGCUUCAUUUCAGAUAGAAGGGAAACCUGGCCGCGAACCCCUGAAGCUGCCGCCGGGUGAUGAAUUCAUCGAGACAAUUGUGCCACAAGAGUAA